AAAAAUUAUUUUUUAGAUAUUGAUUGAUAAUUUUAAAAUAAUUAUUGAUAUUCUGAAAAAAUCAUUUUAAAUAAGACAGCAUUCAACGAUAAUUGUCUAUUUUCAUGAAACUUAUGAAUUUUUGUAUUAGAAAUUAUUUAUCAAUUGAAUUUUUUUUAUUUUAAUUUAAAAAGUUUGAUAUAUUUUUUAACAAAAAACUAAUAUUAAAAAAAAUAGUUUUAUAUCAAUUUAAAAAAUAAAUUUGAUUCAUCUUGCAUAAAUUAUAAUUACAUAUAUAUAUAUUUAUAGUAUAUUAUAUAUUUAUAAUUACGUAUACAGUAUAAACUCGAUUUCUUUGACGUAAAAAUACAAUUACAUUAUAUUUAAUUUUAAUUUAUUUUAAAUGAAGUUGAAACAAAUUUAUUUCGUAAUUUAAAAAUACAAAUAUAUUUUAAAUUUUAAAUUUGAUGUAUAUGAGUAAGUCUAUAAUUGCAAAUGAUUUUACUUGUGCUAUUUUUGUAACAAGUGAUAUGUAAAAAUAUAAUCUAACAUAAAAAUAUAACAAAAAUAUUUUUAAAAAAUGACUAUGGAGAUUAAACAUGUAGAUAAUAAUUUGCCACUUCCUCCUGAAAAAAUGCCUAAAUGUUGGAAUGAAGAAGAAAGAAUCAGUGCUUUAUUUUCUCCUUUUCGAAAUAAAUCAGUAAAUUCACAAGAUUGGAUAUCAAAAUAUAAAUUUUGGCAAAAUUUAAUAUAUGAAUGGUUAAAAUAUACUAGGAAAAGUAGUUUUUCUAUUGCAGACUUAAAUAAUGCCUUUAAAAGGAAAGGUUGUACACCUCUUUGUUUAAUAACUGUUGUUGAAGAACUUCUUCGGAAUAAUGAAAUAAUUUUAGAAACUGAAUUUUUGAAAGAACCUUGUGAAUCAUGGACAGCAUGGUCAAUUGACAUACUUGUGAAAAAACCACUUACAUGGUCAUUUUCAAAAGUUAAAAGUUAUGUUGUUAACAAUGAAAUUAAUAAAGAAACUAGAUACAUAAACUUACAAAUUAUUAAAGAAUUUGGAGAUAUUUUGUUUUCUAUUUUAGAAAAAAGAAAAGACAAUAUUCUUAUAUCAUUUUCUGAGCUGAUAAAAUGUUACAGAUCUGAAAUAGACCAAAAUAUAUCAGAUAAUACAGUAAUGUUAAUCUUGAUGUGGUUAAGACGUGAAAAAAAAAUAGUUCUUAAAAGUAGUGAAAAUGAAAAUGAAUUAUUGAUUAAAAUUGCUACACAUUCAUCAGAUGGUAUAACUGAAAUUGAGGAAGGAUUAUACAAAUUAAUUAAACAAGAAAAUGGUCUUAUAAAGGAAAUAGAACUUAUGGAAAAAGAAAAAAUUAAUAUUAUUAAUGAAGCUAAAUCAUAUUUAAUUAAAGGAUUACGACAAGUAGCAAAAACAUAUUUAAGAAAAAAAAAAGAAUUAGAAAAAAGUAUUGAAAAUCGAAUACAAACUCUUGACAACAUUCAAAGUCUUAUAACAAGUAUUCAAACUACAAAUACAAAUAAUGCUGUGUUAUCAGCUUACAAAACAGGAUCACAUGUAUUAAAAAAACUUAAUGAAAGUGGUUUAUCAGAAUCUAAUGUUAAAAAUAUUAUGGAUGAUCUUGCAGAAGCUAUAGAAGAUCAAAAAGAUGUACAAGUUAUGUUAUCAGAAUCUUUGGUAAAUGAUUCAAAUGUUGACUUAGAAGAGGAAUUGGCAGAACUAAUGAAAUAUGAUGAAAAUAUUUUCCCUCCUGUACCAAAUACAGAACUAAGUUUUAAUGUUGAUGAACUUCAAAAGGAACUUCAAAACUUAAGUGUUGAAGAAAAUAUUACUAAUGAAUCAAGUCAAUUACCAAAAAAAAUUCAUAAUAAAAAAGUAAUAAAACAAUGUAUGUAAAUAUAAAUAAAAUAUGUACAAUAUUACACACACUAUUUUUCUAUUUAUAAUAAGUAUAAAAUUUGUAUAAUGUGUAUUGUUAUUUUUAAAAUAAAAUGUUAUAAUAAAAUAUUUGAAUAAAUAUAAUCAAAAUAUAUAA